AUGGCCGGAUUAAAGAUCGUUUCAACCCUUGCACUUUUCUCCGUGGUGUCAGCUGGCCACCUCGGCAACUUCCAAUCCUCUACUGGAUACAAUGCGUUCGGUGCGGGCGCUUACAACCCUGGCUCAGCAUCAGCCUACAAUGGCGGAUAUGGGGCACACAUCCCCAUAUUGAGAUACGAGAAUGUGAACAAUGGUGAUGGCACUUACAGAUACAGCUACGAGACUGGAAAUGGCAUCGCAGCUCACGAAAGUGGUGCCCCACGUGCUCCUGGCCCCGAAGGUCUUGCAGUAACAGCGGAGGGUGGUUUCUCGUACCGCGCCCCUGACGGCCAGCAGGUCUCCCUCACCUACACCGCUGAUGAGAACGGCUUCCACCCCGUCGGCUCCCACAUCCCUACACCACCUCCGAUCCCAGAAGCCAUCCUCCGCUCCAUUGAGUACAACAGACAACAUGGUUCAUCUGGCGAGGGUCGCUACCACCACGGCUACAACUAUUGA